AUGCUCGUCUCACGUGGCUACUUGUUCGUCUCGAUGCUCGUUGUUGCUUCUGCCGCGCCAAAAAGACACGCCAGAUCCAACUUGCCAACGUGGUACUUGCCAUGCGGCGAGGAACAAGCGGAGGACAUCGAAGUACUUUCGCUCGAAGAAGAAAUCAACGGCAGUGUACAAAAUCUAACUAUAGAAAACCUCAGGCUUCAACACCAAUUGACCAUGAACGAUUAUUUGAGUCGAGACUACGAAUAUCUCUACGAAGAUGUUCGAAUCGGUGUUGAGCAGUACCAGUAUAUCCCGAAUUGGGUUCCCGGCAAGGAGGACGUGAACAAGAUCAAGAAAUUGGCCAAUACUGGCUCGCAAACGAAAGAUCGUGCAAGGGAGUUGGCGAAGGGAGGUGUAGUAGACAGAAGAGAGUAUCGAAUUCCGAACGAAGCUUUCGCAGCAGUAAGACUAAUCGCAUCAAACUUGCCCAAAGACAUGAUUAACAUUUAUACAUCGUUGGUUAAUUCUCCUUUACGCGGUGACAAGGGAUUUACGUUUUUCUUACAGAUCGUCAAUCACUUUCCAAAGUUGCACGUCGAUCUUCAAAAAUUUGCGGUUGCGUUCGAGGAAUUGGUGAACGACGAGACGAUCCGGAAGAAGUACAAAGCUCUGAAGAUGACGCAAUCGUAUUUGAUGAUGAUGUUGUGCGAAGUAGAAAGCAAUAUCAUGGCUCUGCCAUCCCUUCGGAUUCCAUCGCGUGUGGCAAGGAGGAUCAUGAAGAACGCAGAACGAGAGCCCGAGGACGAUACUAGAAGACUUAUUCGUGACUGGGGCGUGCUUCUCAAAUACAGAGAUUAUCUUCACGCUUGGAGGCACGUUUUCAAUUAUUAA